UACUGGUUAAAACAACAAUAUAACGCUUUUAUCAAACGAACACGUGGUUUGUUAUUUGUAGAGAAUGUCAGCAGCUCCUCAAAUUCUUCCACGACCCGACGGCUAUCCCAGUAUCUGUCAGCUGCUGCCUCAAGCGCGACGCCUGCCGGAUGCUUUUGGUACAGCACGCGAUUGGUCUUUCACAGCCAGACAGUACGGUUGAGUGAAUUCGUAGUAAAUGCAAAGGGAGUUUCUUCUGCAUGUCACCGCAGAUGUUCGGACAGUUACACGAUUCAGUCCCGGUUCAAGACCGUUAUCACUUAUAAAAAUGUGCACAUUCUUAAACUACUGCAUCCACUUGGAUAUGAAAUUAGUAAAUUGCACAGUAGGGUUAUAUGACCCCGAAUGAUUCAUAUGUGCAGGGCAGUGUGAAGCUCGGAUGGGGCCCUAUGAUUCCUGUUGCACAUCAAUGAUAUUUACAGUGUGGUAGCAGCAGGAUAAAUACGAGAGGUGUGACAUUCAGAUAACUGUAAAAAAAGGAAUGUUGGAUUGUCAGUGCCUACGCUUAACUGAAAAAGACUACAGAUCCCAGAAUGCUCGCAUGUUACGGUUCCCCCCUCCCCCUGGAGAGGCGCCGCCCUGCGCACUGCGGACUGUGUUUGUUGAUGUCUGAGCUGACGAGCAGCUUGCUCCAUGUCAGUUUCUGCGCUGGGGGUGGGGACGCACUUUCCAAACUUGGCAGCGGGCGUUCCCCGCAGGAUUCAUACUCAGAGCUAGUUUGCCCAAUCUAUAUUUUCUGGAGAAUAAACUAUUCCAAAGCCGUCUGACACCGUGCACCCCGGCGAGGGCAGAAACAUUGUAUUUCUGUCGCUGAGGCCACCUCUAUGUUGGACCGAGCGACUGACAGUUUCUUGUUUUGGACCGGGAGCAUCUGAGGCACCCACGAAGUGUACCGGCUGUGUGGAUAGGAGGAGCCGGGCUGCACCCUCCAUCAGCAAUCUUUCCUUGAUACAAAGAAAAGUUCAAUUUUUACAAGAAGAUUCUGCGCUUCGGCAAGGAGCCAUAAAGGGCAAUAGUGCUAUUGUUGUAAGAAUUAUUGCACUUAUUAAAUACAAUAACCCCUGGUCGUUCUACUUUCUGCGGUGUUCCAGCGCCGUCUCGACCCAGCCCAGCCCAGCAGAAUUUCUGCCUCCGCUUGGGAGAGUUUUACCGGAGAUUUGAAAGCAAGGCGCACGGCCGGAGAUUAGCAUGGGGACUCGAUAGCGCACUGGGAUUGGAGACGAGCACUUUGGGGAGUAAGGAAAAAGGGAUACCUUCCAAAAAAGUUUUCCUUAGAUUUCACAAUGGGAUCUGUUCCAACAUAACCAGUUUGAAGAAAAACGGGAAUAAGCUGUUUGGAGGAUUCACAACAAGGGGCAUCGCCAACGGCGGCCUGGAACCGUGAACUUCAGACAGUCCAGCUGAACAAAGCACACAGUUAAACUGGUUUGUGCAAGAGUUAGCAGUUUGCAAGUACGUUCGGCUGCGGUGUUUCCUAAAUCGCUUAAGGAUUGGGAACCCCCGAAAAAGUUGCAGCUUUCUUCCAGCAAGAAGAGACACGCACGCCCCCUCAGACCAUCCGUUUCUCUGCAUGGGUGUCGUUUACCCUGCAGCCUCGCAGUGCUUCUAGAGGUGCAAACACUCCCGGGUUUAACACAAACAUAACCUGACCACCAGGGUAACACGAUGGACGGGACGGGGGGAAGCGGGCAAAAGAUCACCCCUCUCGCCCGGGAACUUAGUCGGAUCUUCAGCAACUACAACAAACACUCGAACCUGCUGAAAAAGAACCUGAAAGAGACCAACAAGUUCUUCAGAGAGCUCCAGCAGAACUACAGCAACUCCUGCGCGGCGGCGGCGGCGGUGCCAGGUGCGUGGGUCCUGGAGGCGGGUCCCUUGGGCUGCUUCUCCUUCCCCAGCCAGGAGGAGGAGUACCUGCAGGCUACAGUGGACUGCAUCCCCUACGUCAUCAUCCUGGGACAGAACUGCGACGCUAAGUAUCAGGUGCUGAACAGCCUGCUGGGGGAGCGGCUGCUGCCCGUGACGCGGCUGGGCCAGGGCUGCGGAGCGGAGGGGCGCUGCAAGCGGCGGCGGCUGAGAUUCACUCACGGGCGGCACACCCGCCUCAGCCUGGCGCUGCCUGGCCAGUACGAACUGGUGCACCAGCUGGCGGCUCACCGGGGACGCUGGGAAACCAUCCCGGAGGAGGACUUGGAGAUCGGAGAGGCAUGCGAGGACCCGGCACACAGGGUGGCCGAGCUGGAAGUCACGCUGCACCACCAGCUGCUACAGGAGGCUAAGAUCUUGGUGGUGCCUUGCCCUGAAGUGCAAUUGGUAGAGGAAGCACUGGAGGACUGUUUCAGGAACAUUGUGCCCGUCCUCGUCUACGCCAUAAGCGAGGAGACACUCACACAGCCGCAGCUCGACGACAUCCAGCGGGUCAAAGACAAUAUCAUGUUCCCUGUGUGUUUCGUGAAGGUGCCAAGCAUCUCCCAGCCCGGCCAAGACUGUUCCCUGGAGCCGACGUGCAAGACGGGCAGAGCUGCGGAGAGGGAGAAGAGCGCCCUCUACCAGCAGCUGGCCUCCGACGGGUUCCUGGGCAACGGACCGGGCAACUGCUCGUGCGGAGCCCCUCCCCAGCAGCAGGCCCCGGCCGCCAAGCCCCAGAGCUCCCUGUGUGAGGCCUUUGAGAAGCUGCCCCGGCUGCUGGCCCCCUUCGCCAAGCAGGUGCUGCAGAACCAGCAGGUGGAGGCGGCGACCAAACUGAACAUGGUGCAUUGCCGCUGCCUGGACAUCUUCAUCAACCAGGCCUUUGACAUGCAGCGUGACCUGCAGAUCACCCCCCGCCGGCUGGACUACACCCGUGAGAAGGAGAGCGAGCUCUACCACUCCCUCAUGGGCAUCGCCAACCGCAAGCAGGAGGAGAUGAAGGACAUGAUCGUGGAGACGCUGGCCAGCAUGAAAGAGGAACUGCUGGAUGACGCAGCCAACCUGGAGUUCACAGAUAUCAUUGUGCCCCCGAAUGGCGAGCCCAUCAGCUCCAAGGACAUUAAGUCGUGUAUCCGGCAGAUCCAGGAGCUGAUUGUGCUGCGUCUGAACCAGGCGGUUGCGAACAAGCUCAUCAGCUCAGUGGAUUACCUGCGGGAGAGCUUCGUGGGCACGCUCGAGAGGUGCCUGCACAGCCUGGAGAAGCAGCACCAGGACACCUCGGCUCACAACGUCACCAGCAACCACCUCAAACAGAUCCUGAACGCUGCUUAUCACGUGGAAGUCACGUUCCACUCUGGGUCCAAUGUGACACGGCUGGUGUGGGAGCAGAUCAAACAGAUCAUCCAGAGGCUGACGUGGGUGAACCCUCCUGCCAUCACUCUGGAGUGGAAGCGCAAGGUGGCCCAGGACGCCAUCGAGAGCCUGAGCGCGGCCAAGCUGGCCAAGAGCAUCUGUAGCCAGUUCCGCACGCGGCUCAACAGCUCCCACGAGGCCUUCGCUGGCUCCCUGCGGCAGCUGGAGGAAGGGCACACGGGCCGGCUGGAGAAGACGGAGGACCUGUGGCUGAGGGUUCGAAAGGACCAUGCACCCCGACUGGCUCGCCUGUCUCUGGAGAGCCGCUCGCUCAGAGACGUCCUGUUGCACGGGAAGCCGAAGUUGGGUCGCGAGCUGGGUCGGGGUCAGUACGGUGUGGUGUACCUGUGUGACAGCUGGGGCGGACACUUCCCCUGCGCCCUCAAAUCAGUGGUGCCGCCUGAUGACAAGCACUGGAAUGACCUGGCUCUCGAGUUCCACUACACCAGGUCCCUGCCGAAACACGAGCGGCUGGUGGACCUGCAUGGCUCGGUGAUUGACCACAGCUACGGGAGCGGCUCCAGCAUCGCGGUGCUCCUGAUCAUGCAGCGGCUGCACCGCGACCUGUACACCGGCCUCAAGGUAGGCAAGCACAACCCCCAGGCCUUCUCCUGCAGCAGGACGCAGUGCAAGGCUGGUCUCACCCUGAAGGAGCGGCUACAGAUUGCCCUGGAUGUAGUGGAGGGGAUCCGAUUCCUGCACGGCGAGGGGCUGCUGCACAGAGACAUCAAGCUGAAGAACGUGCUGCUUGAUAAGCAGAACCGGGCAAAAAUCACCGAUCUGGGCUUCUGCAAACCUGAAGCCAUGAUGUCUGGUAGCAUCGUUGGGACUCCUAUACACAUGGCCCCAGAGCUCUUCACAGGUAAAUACGAUAACUCUGUAGACGUUUACGCCUUUGGCAUCCUCUUCUGGUACCUGUGCACGGGCUCUGUGAAGCUGCCCGAGGCAUUUGAGAAGUGUUCCAGCAAAGACCAGCUGUGGAACAAUGUGAAAAAAGGCGCACGACCGGAGCGCCUGCCCUUGUUUGAUGAGGAAUGUUGGCAGCUCAUGGAGUCCUGUUGGAACGGAGAUCCCUUUCAGAGACCCUUGCUGGGUAUAGUGCAGCCCAGGCUGCAAAGCAUCAUGGACAGGCUGUGUAACACACACUCCGAGAGGAGACGCACCCAUCUGGAAGACUCUGCCUGAUGGCAACGUGGACUGGAGGGAGGAGCCUGGAGCUUCAGAGUCCAAUCAGAUGUGUUCUGGAAGAGCCUCGGGCUGGAUUUCCUGAUCUUGCACUGCUGCUUUCUGUAACUGAGUUGGUUUUCAAGUAACUGAGAUUUUAUAUGAGAACUUUCCAAUAAUAAACGAACAAAAGCAGACAUUAUCGAUGUCCUUUAUUAGCGUGCAUGAUGAGGAUGCUGGUGCUUGCUUCUCGACGUAGAUUAUUAUUCUAGAGAGAAAAGAGGUUGUUUUUAAAAGAAAUGAGAGGUCAAGCAUUAAAACAGAAGAGACACUUCAUUUCUUUUAGCUGGUGUUAACGGGUUCUUUGAUUUAUUGUCUGUUCUUAAAUUUUAAAAAAAGCGUGUAUCAUUUUCUUUUUUUUUUUUUAUAAAUAAAAUAAA